GUUUAUUUAUAAUUGGCUUUGAUGAUAAUAUUUUUGGAAGUAGUUAGUAUUCCUGUGCAGUAGUGAAAUUCUUUGAAAAUGGGUGAAAGAAAAGGAACAAAUAAAUAUUAUCCGCCGGAUUAUGAUCCGAAAAAAGGUGGACUUAAUAAAUUUUUGGGCACUCAUGCCUUGAGAGAGCGGGCCCGAAAAAUCCAUUUAGGGAUUAUAAUAAUACGUUUUGAAAUGCCAUAUAAUAUAUGGUGCGAGGGAUGCAAUAAUCAUAUUGGAAUGGGUGUUAGGUAUAAUGCCGAAAAAACAAGAAUUGGUAACUACUAUUCUACACCAAUUUAUCAGUUUCGGAUGAAAUGCCAUUUAUGCGAUAACCAUUUCGAAAUAAAGACUGAUCCAGCUAAUCUUGAUUAUGUGAUUGUUUCCGGAGCUAGACGACAAGAAAAUCGUUGGGAUCCUCACUCAAAUGAGCAAAUUGUACCAGAAACCAAAGAAUUGCAAAAGAAAUUAGUUGAUGAUCCUAUGUUUAAAUUAGAACAUCAAAUAAAGGAUCAACAAAAAGCUGAAAAAUCAAAACCAGAACUAGUUAAAUUAUAUGAUAGAAAUUUAGAUGUUUGGUAUGACAAUUAUGAUUUGAAUUGUAAAUUACGUGCAGAUUUUAGGAGUAAAAAGAAAGAUAUAAAAUUACAACAAGAGAAAGAUGAUGCACUCUUAAAAAAGAGUAGCUUAGAAAUUGAUUUGUUACCAGAAAAUGACCAAGAUAAAAGAAUAGCAGCACUUAUGAAAUUACAAACUAGAUCAGCACAAGAAAACGAUGAAGUCAAACGUUUGGAUAUAUUAACAAAACCUGCAUUACCUAGUGCUACAAUAACAACUUUUGGUGGAUUAAAAAGGCACAAAUUGAUUAGUAAUAAACUAAGUAUAUCCGAACUUGGAAUUAAGAGAAAAAGAACUAAUGAUGAAUCGUUGCCUGAUGAAGUUAUUAAUACAAAUGGUCAAACAAUAGAAGAUACUGUAAAAGAAGAUAAAGAGGAUAAACAGAAUAAUUUGGAGCAUCAAAAUGAUGUAGAAACAAAUGAAAUAAAAGAAAAAAUAAAUAAAGAAAAAGCAAAAGAUUUAUCAAAAGAAAAUUUUGAAGCGAAAAGUUUGGCUUUAGUAUGUGAUUAUUCUAGUUCAGAGGAAAGUAAUUCAUAGUUCUUGAAGUUCUUCCUAUUUGUUUGUUACUGUAUUUUUAUAUUAGAAAAUUAUGAUAAAUAUUUCUGAUAACAAAAGUAUAAUUAAAAAUAUA